AUGCCUCUCGGAAGUCUAUCAGUCACGGCGGAAGGCGUACCGAUCUACGCUCCGCCCUACCCCAGACAUCAAGACCCAUACACAUUCAUCAUUGACAAAGUCCUAAGCGUCUCCUACCGCGUAGCCGCAUCACAGGUCCGGCACCUCGUUCCAGACAUGCUGGAGCUCGAGGACGAGCCGCUCAUGACAUCGUCCUUCAUCGAGUACGGCAUGAGCCUAGUAGGAUCAUACAAGGAGUAUGUCCACAACGUCGAAGUGUCGUACAAGGGGGAGAAGUUCAACUACCACCUCAUCCUGAUCCUCGACAAUGAGUCCGCCAUCUUCGCAGGCCGCGAACAGUACGGCUUCCCCAAGGUAUUCGGCAAGGCUGAGAUCGAGCCUGAGACGGGCAGUCGGCUCGUCACAGCCAACGCGCAGAGACCGGCCGGGCGGACGGUGGUCGACUGCGAGUUCAUUCCCGAGGCCCUCGUCAACAACCCCCCAGGGCCGAAUAAAUGGUCCCUUAACCUCCGCAGCAUCCAGCAGUCACACCCGGGCAUGGCGCCCCCGAUCCUAGAGCUUGUUCCCGUAUUCAUGGAUAUGCAUCUCACCGAGGUCUGGACCGGCAAGGCCCGGAUUGACUUCCCUCGGCGCUCGGCGCAUAACCCUUGGUGCGAACUGGAUAUCCUGCGGUACGAAGGCAGCUCCCUGGCUAGGAAUGUUACCGCCACACUCCAAGUUCGAGGGAGUCUUCCACUGUGA